AUGUUACUAGCUGUUGCCCAUGCCGUGUUCGCGAGCCUGAUGCGAUUUGGUCGUCCACACCCUUCCUGGUCGUUCCGGCAGGCAUUUGCUCUGCGGCUCGUCAAAGCCCUUGUCAAGCACCAGUCUGCACUCCGCAUGCCAGCACCGCUUUCUCUCGAGCCUGGAUCAGAGGGUGACAGAUUCGUCGUUGUAUCUCCAGCAGCCCCGGCGCGGUUCAAAGGCCCAACUGACGGAGUCGCCAUCCAACCAGGAAAGAUCGGCGGGACCUGGUCUCCGGCUCCCAUACCCGCACUGCCGAGGGCACAGCAGGAUCAACUCGUGGCCCUCCACUUUCACGGCGGUGCGUAUGUAGCGGGCGACGGCCGGGACGACGACAUGGGAUUCCUUUCUCAAACACUGCUUCAAAAUACGCCAUGCACGCACAUCUUUACCCCACAGUACAGGUUAUCUAACAACCCAGGGGGCCGGUUCCCCGCCGCUCUCCAAGACGCCAUCUCCUCAUACUCCUACAUGGUUCACGAGCUUGGAAUCGCGCCAUCCCGGAUCGUCUUGAGCGGCGACUCUGCUGGUGGUAACCUCGCACUAGCUCUGCUACGCUACGUAUCUAGCUUUGGCUCCGAGACCGACUUGCCGUGGCCACGCGCCGUGAUGCUGUGGUCUCCGUGGGUUGACAUCGCCUUGGCCAAGGACCCAAAAAAUGCUGAGGCGCUCCCAAACUAUUCCUCGGAUUACAUUCACAGCAGUUUCGGUGUCUGGGGCGUCGAGACGCUCACAGGUGACGGGGCUGUAUCAGCGAUGGAUCCAUACAUUUCUCCUGUAUAUAGCCCCUUUCGAAGUGAAUCACCAAUAUGGGUACACGCCGGUGGGAAGGAAUUGCUAUUUGGCGAAAUCAUGAGGUUACUGGAGGGUUUACGCGGCGCUGGGACUAGUGUUGAAUUAGCUGUCGAGGAUCUUGCCCCCCACGAUAUCCUCAACUCGGGCCGCUUGUUGCAGUUUGAAAAGGAGGCGGUGCUGGGCGCCAAAUUAGCCGGCGAGUUUCUUGGGCGGAUUACUGGUUAG